AUGAAGUCACCGCCCAGGACCGAAGAGUCUCAAAGAAGACUCAACGGCCACGUGUGCAGGACGAAGCCGAACCACUGGUUAUGUGGAGAUUGGCUGUGGUCAACGGUCAACGGAUGGGCGCCGCUAGGUCGAACUGCCCAAGACACACAGAUGACUACGAAAGAACCCCAUGCCAUACCGGAUCGGUCGUCGCCCGGGUUACCAACGACCGCCUCUUCCACUGCACAUCAGGGUGGAGGCGACAAGUGUGCUACUGGUGUAACACAGAUCAGAGGAAGAGAGAACAUCACAAUUGGUACAUGGAAUGUUAGAACCCUAUGUGCCACGGGGAGACUGCAAGAACUCACCCACGAAAUGGCAAGAUAUCAAUGGAACAUUCUAGGACUCUGUGAAAUGAGGUGGAAAAGCUUUGGAGAAAACAUGACUGAUGAAGGACACAAGAUCUACUUAAGUGGCAGAGACGACAGACAUGAACAAGGUGUUGGAUUGCUAGUUCACAAAGACAUCGUGAACUGCGUUCUAGGAUGUCAACCAGUUUCCAGCCGUAUCAUUACCCUACGAAUGCGAGCUAAGCCCUUCAACAUCACAGUCAUCCAGGCAUAUGUUCCAACCACAAACCACAGCGACAACGAAGUGGAGGACUUUUACGACCAGCUACAAGAAGUCAUUAGCCAAACGUCCAACAAAGACAUCUUGAUAGUCCAAGGAGACUGGAAUGCAGAAAUUGGAAAGGAAGCAAAGAAAGAUUGGCCAGAUACUUAUGGAGAACAUUGCAAUGAAGACACUAAUGACAGAGGGAUUAGGCUCCUGGAGUUUGCCAACUACAACAACCUCAUUCUGGCGAACACUCUUGGCCCCCACAAAUCGUGCAUCAACAUUGCAAGAAGGAGCUUCCCAGGAGCAGAUAUUGGCAGCGAUCACGAUUUGCUGAAGACUUUUCACACCCGUCUAAAGAAAUCUAACAAGCCAAAAAGCAUUAGGUUGAAAUUUGACCUGGACAGGUUAAGAGACCCAGAUAUUGCAGACUCCUUCAAGGCCAUGAUAGGAGGGAAAUUUGCACCUCUACUUGUUCUUGGGGAGGAUGAACUGAACUUAGACCAAACAGUAGAGACUGUUCUAGAGACUGCAAACCAGGUGUUAGGCAAACGCCAAAAAAUAAGAAACCAUAGGUCACCACAGAGAUUCUCGACAUGUGCGACCAACGACGAGAACUGGAGAAAAAGAAGUGCGGAUGGAGCAAUGCAAUAUCAAGAUCAGGAGAUCCAUGAAGAAGAUCUCACCAAUACCAACAAAGGACGAGUCUCCAUCAUCCAGGAUAAAGCAGGGAAAUGUUUGACAGAAGAACAAGGCAUUCUCUCAAGGUGGACUGAAUACUGUUCAGAACUGUACAACCAUUCAACUAAAGGUGACCCUGUGGUACUCAACUGUCCUCCUUCCACCAAUGAGGACACCAACCCCAUUCUGCGAGAGGAAGUAGAAGCAACUGUCAAGUCCCUAAAGAAAGGGAAGUCUCCUGGAGUUUACAACAUUUCAGCAGAACUGAUCCAAGCAGGUGGAGAAGCCAUGAUUGAUACAGGAGAAUGGCCAACCUGCUGGACACAAUCACUGGUCAUCACAUUACCAAAGAAGGGGAAUCUGCAAAAGUGCCAGAACUACCGCACCAUAAGUCUCAUAGGCCAUGCCAGCAAAGUCAUGCUGAGGAUACUUCUCAAUAGGCUGAAACCACAGGCAGAGACCAUCAUUGCAGAAGAACAGAGUAUGGCACGGCGCAUUGCCAACCUCAUCAGAGUCAUUGAACAUCUUUAUGACCAUGCCGCCAGUGCUGUACUACUGAAUGGCAACACAGGUAAAUGGUUCCGAACGGUUGUCGGAGUUAGACAAGGCUGUCUUCUAUCACCUACCCUCUUCAACAUUUUCUUGGAAAGGCUGAUGACAGACGUAUUAGAAGACCACGAAGGAUGGGUCAGCAUUGGUGGCAGAAUUAUCACCAACCUGCGCUUUACAGAUAACACUGACGGCUUAGCGGGCAGGGAGGAUGAACUAAACAACCUUGUGAAGCACCUUGACAAAACAUCACAGGCCUAUGACACUGGAUCCAAAAAAGAGAUCUUGGCCAGAAUUGCACAGUCAACAGCAGCACUGACAAGACUAAAAACCUUUCGGCAGGACAAAAACAUCUCCCUAGCAUCGAAAACCAGACUCUUGCGUACUCUUGUCAUCUCAAUAUUCUUGUACGCUUGUGAAUCGUGGACCCUCAACGCUGACACCCAGAGACGAGUUGAGGCGCAUGAAAUGAGAUGCUACCGAAAAAUCCUGAGCAUCUCAUACAAGGAUCACAUCACCAAUGAGGAAGUGCGCAACAGAAUUUACACAACCAUCGGUGAACAUGACAGGCUGCUAAGCUUUGUAAAGAAAAGGAAAAUGAUCUGUGCUAUGGGUCUGGAAUGCGAAUGGGAUAAACUAAAAUCAAGUUUUAUUGUUUAUCCUUCGGGGUCGGCUUAA